UGCAAACAAAAUGUCUGAAUCUAAAAGAAUCCGCGAAAUUGAUGAUGCUGAUUUGGAUUGUGAGCCGUCGACCUCUUCUAGUGGUGAAGGUCAAUCAACAUCUCAGAUUGCAUUACGAGCAGAAGAAGACAGAAAUCUAGACUUUGCUCAUAAUGUUCGAAGUAUAGUGAGACAAUUAGAAAAACGAGGACUUAUGGUCGCCCCAACACUCGUUUUCAAACAAGGUGACACUAUAGGAACCAAUAUUUCUGGAUGUUCUGGUUUUAAGCUUCAACAAAGCAGCAACAUAUUAGGCAGCACUUCACCAACAAAUGAACAGACAGCCAGGCCUACUGAUGCAGAAGAACAUGGCACAGCAGGAGAAACACCCUUCCAUUUUAAAGAUUCAAUUCGCCUCGGUCAUAACCUGUACCUGCUUUAUAAUGAAAGACUGGCAAGUAUGGUGAAGUUUACAGAGGCUUGCAGACUCAUGAAGGUUCUCGAGGAUUCGAUCCAAUCGCCAUAAAAUCUAUCAAAC